CCUUCCUGACCCUUCACCAGUCGGGUGUUGGGUAGAGGCAGGAUUGACAACUUGUUCUUCCUUCUAAGACUCUCCAAGGUCUGCGAUCUGGUUGAAAGAUGUCGGUCCUCACUACCCUGUUUAAGUAUGUUGAUGAAAAUCAGGAUCGCUACAUUAAGAAACUUGCGGAAUGGGUGGCCAUCCAGAGUGUGUCUGCGUGGCCCGAGAAGAGAGGGGAGAUCAGAAGGAUGAUGGAAGUCGCCGCUGGGGACAUCAAGCAGCUGGGCGGCUCCGUGGAACUGGUGGAUAUUGGAAAACAGAAGCUCCCUGAUGGCUCAGAGAUACCACUUCCUCCCAUUUUACUGGGCAAACUGGGCUCCGACCCCCAGAAGAAGACAGUGUGUGUGUAUGGACAUCUGGACGUGCAGCCGGCAGCCUUGGAGGAUGGCUGGGACAGCGAGCCCUUCACCCUGGUGGAGCGAGACGGCAAGUUGUAUGGGAGAGGCGCAACAGAUGAUAAGGGGCCAGUGGCUGGCUGGAUGAACGCCCUGGAGGCCUUCCAGAAAACAGGUCAGGAAGUUCCUGUCAACAUUCGCUUCUGCCUGGAAGGCAUGGAGGAGUCGGGCUCCGAAGGCCUGGAUGAACUGAUCUUUGCCCAGAAAGACACAUUCUUUAAAGACGUGGACUACAUCUGCAUCUCCGACAAUUACUGGCUGGGGAAGAAGAAGCCAUGCAUCACGUAUGGUCUCAGGGGCAUUUGCUACUUCUUCAUCGAGGUGGAAUGCAGUGACAGAGACCUGCACUCUGGCGUGUACGGGGGCUCGGUGCACGAGGCCAUGACAGACCUCAUUGCGCUGAUGGGCUCCUUGCUGGACAGGAAGGGGAAGAUCCUCGUCCCCGGCCUCAGCGAGGCCGUAGCGCCCGUGACGAAGGAGGAGCUGGAGCUGUACGACGAGAUCGACUUCGACCUGAAGGAAUACGCCAAGGACGUGGGGGCGGAGACCCUGCUGCACAGCUGCAAGAAGGACAUCCUGAUGCACAGGUGGCGGUACCCAUCCUUGUCCCUCCACGGGAUCGAAGGCGCCUUCUCUGGUACGGGGGCCAAGACCGUGAUUCCGAGGAAGGUGGUGGGCAAGUUCUCCAUCAGGCUUGUGCCGAACAUGACUCCGGAGGCUGUCGACCAGCAGGUCACAAACUACCUGACAAAGAAGUUCGCCGAGCUGCGCAGCCCCAACAAGUUCCGGGUGUACAUGGGCCACGGCGGGAAGCCCUGGGUGUCCGACUUCAACCACCCCCACUACAUGGCCGGGAGGAAAGCCCUGAAAACAGUGUUUGGUGUGGAGCCGGACUUAACCAGGGAAGGUGGCAGUAUCCCUGUGACUCUCACUUUUCAGGAGGCCACAGGCAAGAAUGUCAUGCUGUUGCCUGUGGGGUCAGCCGAUGACGGCGCCCACUCCCAGAAUGAGAAGCUCAACAGGCAUAACUACGUAGAAGGAACGAAAAUGCUGGCCGCGUACCUGUAUGAAGUGUCUCAGCUGAAGGACUGAGGGCCCUGUGUCGGGGAGCGCCACCGAAGGAGCCCCACCCUCCCCUGUCCCCUUCCAGUUGCUCAGGAAGGCGUCUGUCCCUGUCCUCUCCCGUCAGGCCAUGCACAGACUUCCCAGCGUAGACUCGGGGACACCCACCUGUCCCCAGGGGGUUACGUCCAGCAGGCAGUCGCACGUUCAGCCCUGGGGGCUUACAGAUGACCCUGAAUGACUGUGUCCCCAGAAAAUAGGCACAGCCUAACAGCAUGAGUUCUUCUGUAGAAAGUUCUGGUCGACAUCCACUUGGGCUAAACAGAGGCCUGGGCGUGUCCUGGUCCCAUGUCUGCCUCCCGAUUCAGGGUCAGGGAGCGGAUGCUUCGAGGGGCUGCCCUCUGGUCACUCGCGGUCGCAUGGUGCCGUCCUCCCCGAAGACCGUAGCCAAUGCUGACACCUCCCAGCGUCUUGUUGGCCCUCACACCUGAACCUAACGGGCUUGUUGGUCUGUGCUGAUGAAUAAAAAGUACCAGUGAAGCCUC